AUGAGCUGCAGCUGCAGCAGCAUGCAUUGGCCUCCAGGUUUGUCUGAAUAAAAGGGUCCAAAAGCGGAAGAGCCUUCUUUUCAAGGUCUUGACAUGACGUUAAAGCUUAAAACCCAUGCCCGACUCUUUGACCUGCACUGCUCUGUAGGUUUGACAGACUGGGACAUGGACAAGGAGCUGAAACUGGUUACAACUACUGACCAGUUUUGCCAUGAUGAUAAACUUGGUGAUCCAUAUGUGGCACAGAGGUCUUUGGCAAGAGCCUGCAGAAGAAAAGACGAGUUUGUUUGGUAUGACAAAACAUCAGACACCUUUGUGAAGCCAAACCUGUGGCUCCUUGUCAAUCCUAACAUUGCUUGUCCACUCAUCUAUGGAGAAGCUGCAGUAGAUUGUCGGAAUCUCCAAGAACUUGCAGCGGAAGUCCAAAAGCCACUGAUUCAGUGUUCACAAGCCACAAAAUGUCACAGGUUUUCUCCCCAGGGGGAAAGAGUGCAUGUUCUCUCCUCAUCCACAGACUACAUGGAUGACGGCACCUCCUGCCAGACUACACACUGCAGACGCAAGGGGAGAAACACAAAAGUAUGGGACAAUGAACUCUUGAAGCCAGGAUGUUGGCCUCGUCCGCCUGUAAAUUAUUGCAUCCUCAUUGCUCUAGCACUUAAAAGCAGCCAUAAUGGGAGCCUCAGAGUGCAGCAGAUUUACAACUUCACCAGAGAACACUUCCCUUUCUUUCAGACGGCUCCUGAUGGCUGGAAGAACACAAUUCGACAUAACCUGUGCUUCAACAGUAGCUUCCGUAAAACUUGCAACCAAAUGCGCAGAGAUGGAAAAAGAAAGUCCUGCUUUUGGCACCUGACUCGAGAUGGCCAACGCCGACUGAAGGAUGAGAUCUGCAUGUUGUCGGGAGAAGCUUUAAAGCAGUUGGAGAGGAGCAUGUCCUGUCCAGAUAUUAUUGCAAAACUACUUGGAAUGUGA